GCCCUAGUUUCAAGAUCUUCCCAAAGCCAUACAGAUGUUGCUGAAAGACAUAGUGAAGAUGCCAGAGGCUCUCAUCAGGAAGGCAAGAUAUCAAGAAACAUUUAUUCCUUUCUUUCCCAAACCCAAAUUCCAAGGCAAGAAACUACAUACUCUGUGGAAAGAAACCACACAGUCAUUAAUGCAGCAUCCUUUACAAUGAAAAGGAAAAUUUCCCAGCCUCAGAUGCUGUCAGCAAAAAUACCUGAUAUGGAGUCCACUGUAUCUGAGAAACAGACUUUUACUGUAAAAAGAAGCCAUACACACACUUCCCUUCUGCACGAGGAGCCAGAUCCCAAAACAGCAGCUGUCAAUGUGACUACUCCUACCCCUGUGCAUUUUAAACAAUACAAGCCAGGAACAAGACAGACCGUUCCUUCUCAUCUCAACACAAACGCAAGCUCAUUCUUCGCACGGCUGCAUCCUGUUCAGCAAGCUCGUUCCAGAUACAGUUUAUCUCCCAGGAAAUGGCCCAGUCAAGUUACAGGCUCAAAGACUGAACUCUCCAAAAAUCUCCCAACAGAGCAGCAGAGAGCUUCUUCUUUGGAAACACCGCUCACAUCUCCUUUGCAUGAAAUAGGUUUUUCCCUUGACACAGCUCCACAGAGUGCCAGCCUCCUGCCUGGACCUGCUCCCCCAGCAAGGCUUCCAGCAUACACCAAAGCCUUCAGAAAGGCAUCCAGUGUAGCAACGGACCAUGUGGAACUGCCAAAACCUGUCAGUGGGUCCCAUCAGAAAGCUCUCUGUGGUUCAACACCAUGCUUUAGUGAUGUGCAGUGUGAGCUAGCCAAAGAUGGAGAAUUUAAAUGUGGGUCUUGUCCCAGUGGAUACAGCGGUAAUGGAAUUACAUGUGAAGUGCAGUGUGACCCACCGUGUGAGCAUGGAGGAACUUGUGUAGCUCAGAACACUUGUUCUUGUGUCUAUGGAUUUGUUGGUCCUCGAUGUGAAACAAUGGUGUGUAACAGGCAUUGCCAUAACGGCGGGGUCUGUGUGUCGCCGGAUGAGUGCAAAUGCAGAAGUGGAUGGAGCAGCCCUUCCUGUGAGAUAGCUGUGUGCAACCCUGUGUGCUUAAAUGGAGGAAUCUGCGUGCGACCAAAUACUUGCACGUGUCCUUAUGGUUUCUAUGGGCCCCAGUGCCAGAGAGCUGUCUGCAUUCCUCCUUGUAAGAACGGUGGCCACUGUGUUCGAACCAACGUGUGCUCCUGUACUGAGGGCUACACUGGGAGAAGAUGUCAGAAAAGUGUCUGUGAUCCUGUGUGCAUGAAUGGAGGGAAAUGUGUAAGCCCGAAUGUCUGUGACUGCCCAUCUGGUUGGAGAGGAAAGCACUGUAAUAAACAGAAAUGCCAUAUAUUUCAAGAUACAGAACUACUUAAAGCCUACUGUAAAGCCUUGCCAACUGAUGUACUCUCAAGGUCACCAGCUACAUUUUGGUGCAUAAUUUCAGGAAAGAUGUGCUCUCGCUCUGUAACUCUACCAUAUCUAACUUACCAUUAUAAAAACAGAAUUAAAAAAACUCUCACUCUAAAAUACUUUCAAGGAGUAUUUUUCCUUAUGUGGCUAUUCUUUACCAUGAUGUUGACAGAUAAACUGAAUAAAUUUAUAAUCCAGACGACACGCUAUAAGUACACCAGGUUAAAAUACAGGAUAUUUAAUCGUCGGAUCCUAGUAUUAAGUAUGAUUUCAGAACCAGUGUUUUGAAAUUAUAAUUUCUUCAGAAAUGAUGCAGGAAAUAUGUGUUUCUCAUGUGUGCACAUGAAAACAUGCAUUUACUUUUUGGGAUCCCUGAAGAAAUACUGUAGACAAUAAAUAUACUAAAUCCUUCUAUGGGAUAUUACUUACUUGCAAUGUGGAAUUUGCUAUAUGCAUCUAACACACAUGAAUAUACCAGAUGAACAUAUCAUAUGGAGAGCAUUCUCAACUGAUAGUGAGCUGAAUGUUAGAAAUAGCCAAGCUACUAGAAGGCAAUCAUCAAAGAUACAUUUCUUAAGAAAAAAAUAUCAAAGACUCCUAAAUACAAAUUAUCUGAUGAAGAGAGAACAUCUAUUCCUUUGGAAAUCAGCCAGAUAAAAUAAAACCUUGCAGAUCAUUUUUUCAGACAGCUUUGGAACAUCUGGAUAUGUUGUUUACAUCUUCUCACUUGUCUCU